AUGGAAGUGCUAAGGGAGAAACAAGGCAUGAUCGUCAGUCAGCGGAAAUAUACAUUCGAGCUUUUGGAGGAGUUUGAUGUUUCUCAUAUCUCUGCAGUAUCUUCUUCCCUGGAUCCUUCCAUCAAUCUCUCUGCAGAUUCAGGAACACCCUUGUCAGAUCCUACCAUCUUUCGACAUCUUAUUGGCAAGAUCAAUUACUUAACUCACACUAGACCUGACCUAUCCUUUGCCGUUUUAACACUCAGUCAGUUUAUGCUUAGUCCUACAACUGAUCACUACAAUGCUGGUUUACGAGUGAUUCGUUACCUGAAGAAGUUUCCAAGAUAUGGCCUCUUCUUUACUGCUUCACCUUGUUUAUCCUUGGCCACUUUCUGUGAUGCUGACUGGGCGUCUUGUCGUGACUCUCGACGGUCUGUCAGUGGUUUCUUAAUCAGCUUAGGUGGAUCUCCUAUCUCCUGA